AUGUCUAGUGUGGAUCAUCGCCUAAUAUAACUUUUUUUCCUUGAGUCUACAGAUUGUCAUAGAGAAGAAUGGAUGCAGUAAAUAUCUCUUUGGUGACUGAAUUCAUUCUGGUAGGAUUAACAGACCAGCCUGAUCUCCAAAUGCCACUGUUCUUUGUCUUUCUAGCAGUGUAUAUGGUCACUGCACUGGGAAAUUUGGGUUUGAUGAUUCUAGUUUUGCUGAAUUCACAUCUUCACACACCUAUGUAUUUUUUCCUUUUUAACUUGUCCUUCAUAGACUUUUGUUAUUCUUCUGUGUUAACUCCAAAAAUGUUGAUGAACUUCAUAUUAAGAAGGAAUGUCAUUUCCUAUAUGCAAUGUAUGACUCAGCUCUAUUUCUUCUGUUUUUUUGUUGUUUCUGAAUGCUAUGUGCUGACUUCAAUGGCCUAUGAUCGCUAUGUGGCUAUCUGUAAUCCACUUUUGUAUAAUGUUGUCAUGUCCCCUCAAGUCUGUUUAAAUCUAAUGCUUGGUUCAUAUUUGAUGGCAUUUUCUGAUGCUGUUGCUCACACUGUAUGCAUGCUGAGAUUGACCUUCUGUAGUGCAAACACCAUCAACCACUAUUUCUGUGACAUCCUCCCAUUGCUCCAGCUUUCCUGUACUAGCACCUAUGUUAAUCAGCUUGUAGCUUAUGUUGUAGUCAUCAUCAACAUCAUUGUUCCCACUCCUAUCAUUUUUAUCUCAUAUGGUUUCAUCCUUUCAAGCAUCUUCCGUAUCAGUUCCUCUGAGAGCAGGUCCAAAGCCUUUAGCACUUGCAGUUCCCAUAUCAUUGCUCUUUCUCUGUUUUUUGGUCCAGGUGCAUUUAUGUAUUUCAAAUCUUCCUCUGUUGAAUCUGUGGAUGGAGCCAAAAUCUCUUCUGUUUUUUAUACCAAUGUAGUUCCUAUGAUGAAUCCCUUAAUCUACAGUUUGAGAAAUAAAGAUGUUAAAGUUGCCCUAAGAAAAACCUUGUCAAGGUGGAAGAAAAGAGAAAAAUUUGUGAUUUAA